AUGCCUUCACCCACUUCAGGUCGCAAGCGCGGCCAUGAUCAGAUUGAGGGCCAGGAGCCUGAAGAGAAGAGCCCGAGUCCUGAAGCACCAGACACACCCACCCCGACGCGUCAAUCUCUAUUUGCGCUUUCAAGAGAUCAGAUACCAGCCUUUGCGCCAGCCAAACUGGCUGUCAAGCGACCAAAGACCGUUGUGGACAAAUAUGAUGCUUUGGAAGGGAUCUACCGCGCCUGGUUCUUGGUUUAUCCAGACCGCAAAGGCGAUGAAGAAUGCAUUAAGGUUCUCUUCCCGACCGGACUACCAUCUCAAGAGACCGUUCGCGAAUGCUACAAGCGCUUCAAGUACCAUUCCGAUAACUGGUAUCGAGAGACCAAGAAGAACAUGAGUGCCCAAGUCAGAACCGCUCUCGCCGAUACCUCGCUGCUCAGAAAUCAGAAAGACCAAUUAACCCUGGUUGAACACUUCGCCAAUAUCUAUUCGGUUGCCAAUUUCGAGCUGGGCUUUAGGUGGUGCAGCAAGUUCAACAUCCAGCAGUCCCCUGUUCUGGUUCAGGAAUAUGCAAAAUACCUGUACACCAACUUCGCCGCCGUCAUCAAGUUGAACAUUGAUUGGCAAGAGAACCCCGACUCGGAUAAGUAUGACGAUUACGGUGACGAAUGGCUGAAGGCCUUUUGGAAGACGUUCGCCUACUCAAAAGACUUCGACUCAAUUCAGCCAGACCACAUUGUCGUGCGAGCGAAGUCAGCCAACAGAUCUCCCGCAAAAGAGAAGAGGGUCUUCAAUAUUGCGCUGCCGGAUGCCAAUCCCAAUAUCAGGUUGAAGGAUGGUCGCGCUGGGCAGCCUGUGGAAGAGCGUGCCGAUUGA